AUGUCUUCGAAGAACAUCCGCCUGUCUCGAGUCCCCCCGGCGAGCCUUGCAGCGCAUUCCCGUUCCCGUAUCGAUAGACCCGAGCCCUCGCCCGCCGACUCGUCCCUCUCAUGCGAGUCCAACGACAUCGAGGACUACAUAGGCAGCGGUACAGACACGGUCGGCGGCAGGACGCCCGCCAUUGACAAGAGGCUCUCGUUUGCGUCCGAGGACCCCCUGCCGCAUGGUGACGGCCCGCGAGAUACGGUAUACAAUUACGACAGCGACGACGACGACGACGACGCCGAGUACGCAGACAUGGACUCGAAGCGGCCUGCUCUGCUCCGCCAGGGAGACAGCCGCUCUGGCCAGCCCCUGUUGUCUCAGCCAGACGACGAGCGAGGGCGCGCGCGCUAUAACCACUCGCGAUCCCCGUCUCCCUUGCUGAACCGGCCGACCAGCAGCAACAGCAGCCAAAAUGCCACAACCCAUCCGGCGCAGCGUCCGACCUUCUCGCGGCGCUCCACGAUGCGCUCCCGAUCGCCCGACACCCAGGCCAAGAUGGCGGCACGCAAGAAGUACGUCUACGCCUCCAUAUUCUUGGUCGUGUCGCUGGUUUCCUUCUGCAUCCAGACCGAGCUGGCCGCCUACGUGCAGCAGGAUCUGGGCUGGAACAAGGCCUACUGCAUGCUCUACCUCACCCACGGGUCCUGGUCCAUGCUCUGGCCUGUCCAGCUCGUCAUACUACGCGUGCAGAAGUGGAACAUGCCCUGGCAGACAUUCUGGAGGAGGCACGUCCACCUGCUCCGGACCACGACCCACAUGAUCAGGAGCCAGGACUUGGACGUUCCCAGGCACAUUACCAACACGAGCCCCUGGCCCUACCUGAUCAAGUCGACGGCCUUCAUCACGAGCGCCUUGACCGUCGCGGGUCUGAGUUGGUACCUCGCCGUUGACAUGACCACCCCCAGCGACCUGACGGCCAUCUACAACUGCUCGGCCUUCUUCGCCUACGCAUUCAGCGUGCCGCUGCUGAAAGAGAAGCUGCGCCUCGAUAAGAGCUUGGCCGUCAUGAUUGCCAUCGUCGGGGUUCUGGUCGUGGCGUACGGCGACGCCAAGGAUGCCGAGGAUGCCGAGGGCCAGAGCGCCGACAAGAGCGCAGGUACCCAGUUCCUGGGGAACCUCAUCAUCGGCGUCGGAAGCGUGCUCUAUGGGCUGUACGAGGUGCUGUACAAGAGAUGGGCCUGUCCGCCCGAAGGGGUCUCGGCGGGGCGGGGCAUGAUCUUCGCCAACGCCUUUGGCAGCUGCAUCGGCUUGUUCACGCUCACGGUGCUGUGGGUUCCACUUCCACUCCUGCAUAUGCUGGGUUGGGAGACCUUCGAGCUGCCGACCGGGGAGACGGCUUGGUAUCUGUGGGUUAGCGUCGUCAUGAACGCCACCUUCGCCGGCUCCUUCCUGGUCCUUAUCAGCCUGACGAGCCCGGUUCUCAGCUCGGUCGCGGCCCUGCUGACCAUCUUCAUCGUCGCCAUCGUGGACUGGAUGAGGACGGGCAAGGCUCUGAGCUUGGCGGCUGUUUCCGGCGGUGUGAUGAUUGUCGUUGCUUUCGGCAUGCUUUCCUGGAGUACGUACCGUGAGAUGGUCGAGGACGCCGAACGGAAAGCCGUCGCAGGCGGUGUGGAAGCGGAAUGGGACAGCGAUAGUGACAAGGAUGCGGAUCGGUAUGAUUAG